CGCGUCUGCCGGGACUUUUCUGGGCGGCGGCCGGGCAGGGAGCGGGGCCCCCGAGUGAGGGCAGCGGAGCAGCUCCUCGAGGAGAAAGUUUUUCCCGCCGGCCCCCUCGGCCUCUCUGCCGGGUUCUCCGGAGCCGCCGCCGCCCCCUUCUCUCCUGGCUGAGGCGCUGCCGCCGCGUCCGGGGCCACAAUGUCUCGGGAUCCCGAAGAGGUGAACAAGCUGACAGAGAGCACCUACAGGAAUGUUAUGGAACAGUUCAAUCCUGGGCUACGGAAUGUAAUAAACCUGGGGAAAAAUUAUGAAAAAGCUGUUAAUGCUAUGAUACUGGCUGGAAGAGCAUAUUAUGAUGGUGUUGCAAAGAUUGGAGAAAUAGCAACUGCAUCUCCAGUUUCUAAAGAAUUGGGACAUGUCCUUAUAGAGAUUUCAAGCACAAACAAGAUACUUAAUGACAGCCUAGAGGAAAGUUUCAAAAAAUUUCAUAAAGAGAUUAUAUCUGAACUGGAGAAGAAAACAGAACUGGAUGUAAAAUAUAUGAAUGCAACUUUAAAGCGAUACCAAACAGAACACAGAAACAAGUUAGAUUCAUUGGAAAAAUCUCAGGCUGAGCUGAAAAAAAUCAAAAGGAAAAGUCAAGGUGGAAGAAACGCAAUGAAAUAUGAGAAUAAAGAAUUUGAGUAUUUGGAAACUGUGAGUUCUCGACAGAGUGAUAUUCAAAGAUUUAUUGCUGAAGGUUGCAGAGACGCUCUACUCGAAGAAAAAAGAAGAUUCUGUUUUCUGGUUGACAAGCACUGCAGUUUAACUCAGCACAUGCACUUCUAUCAUAAACAGUGUGCAGAUUUACUUAACUCCAAGUUGCCUGGAUGGCAGGAAAUGUGUAGUGAUGCCACAAAAGUGCCAGAAAAAGUUAUGAAUAUGAUAGAAGAUAUGAAGACGCCUGGUUCCACUCCAAUCUCAGGAACUCCACAACCUUCACCAGUGACAGAGAGAAAUAGUAUGGUUGGGAGAGUGCCCCCUGCUCCUACAGUUAGAGCAUUUACUAGUCCUUUAGUUGACAUGUUUAACAAUCCACCAGCAGUUCCAACGGUUCCUUCGGAAAGAUUAAAUAAUUCAGCAGGUAAUUCAGAUGUUGCCAGUUUAUUGCGUUCAACUUCUGUUGCCACAGGACUGAACAUAAUGAAAAGGCAGAAAGUAAAAACUAUCUUUCCACAUACAGCUGGAACUAACAAGACAUUACUUAGCUUUGCACAGGGAGAUGUCAUCACACUUCUUAUAGCUGAAGAAAAAGAUGGCUGGCUUUAUGGGGAACAUGACUUGACUAAAGUAAGAGGAUGGUUUCCGUCAUCAUACACAAAACUACUGGAAGAGCCAAGUGAUGAAACAGAACAUGUUCCAGUGCGAAGCACUGCACCAAUCAGAAGUAUCAGUUCUAUAAAUCUAGCAGAUAAAGGUGGUGUUGUCCUCCCCCCACCAGAUUAUCUGGGAUCUUUGCAAACAGGCACAACUUCAGAUAUGAGAGCAGAUUCUUCCAAAGGUACUACUGUUAAAGCACCUGUGGCCACACCAGAAAGCACAACUCCUAAACCUGUUAUAAAUGGCAUUGUAAAACCACCUUUCCUAAGCGGAGAAAAUCCUUUUACCACUGUGAAACUCCGACCAACAGUAACAAAUGACAGAUCAGCACCAAUAAUUCGAUGAAUAUAAUAUUCAUUAAAAUAUUUUUACUCCCUGUAAACACUAAGUUCAGCAAUAUGAUUUACAAAGGCUGUUUAUUUAAAUGUAAUUAGUGUACAGUAGGAGAAUAUUGGAGUGGAUUUCUGAUUUUAAACAAUCUGCUUUCUAAAUGAGGUAAUUGCUCUGGGUUAAAAUGUUUGAGAAUUUUGGCUUGAUUUUACACUACAUGCCUUUUUAGGAAGAAAGACAGUUGUGAAAGUAUGGUUGAAAUCUGAAUACUGUAGUUACCGGCGUACUUAAUAUUUUAUCAAAAUGCUCUGUUGUAUGGAAAAUACCAUGGAUAAGUUUGUGUUUAAGUCUGCAUAUAUCAUUUAGUAGAUAUAUAAAAGAAAAAACUGCAUUUUUUCCAUAAAAAGGAACAAUGCAACUGUUGCCUUAAUACUGAGAGUAGAAGUUUGACUGUAUAAAAUUAUGUAUUGCAUUGUUUUAAGAUAGAUGCCUUGGGUUAUAAAUAAAUAUUUAUCCUCUAAGAGCUUAGACAAAAUGUCGUAUGCUUUGCUUGAUGUUAAAAUGGAAAUUAUUUGAUCUGCAGUGUCAGCAUAAAGCUACUAAAAUUAUACAAAGUCUGACUUUUAGUUCAGUAAUGUUCUACUCUGAAAAAGAGUAUUAUUGUUCUAAUGAAAUAAUUAUUUAAAGUGGGGGGAACACCCAUUUGCAAUACAGUACUAUCCUUAAAAGGACCAUGUCUACUCAAAUUUGUCAAACUUUUUAUAAAAAAAAUAUUGCCACAAUUUUUCUUCAAAUUCCAGUGCAAACUGUUGUCUUUAAACAAACAGUCCCCCCCGUAUCAGUUUUCUAUAUCCCAAACAUUGCAGCACUCAAACUGACAAAUUACUUUGAUUGUCCAUAAUUAGAGAGAUGUAAAGAGUAAAUUGGAUUUUUAAAAUUUUAUUUGUAAUAAUCCUAAGUGAUGGUAGUAAUAUAAGUAAACAUUGUGUUGCCUACAGCUAUGUAGACAGUACCCCUUUAAGUCAACUAAAUUUCUUCCAUUUUGAAUUUCUGUAUCUUGUCCAUCCCACUGCCGGAUUGUUCUGAACAUUCUAUUUAAAGAGGUAUUAUAUGGUUAUAUUUAAUAACAAUGUUACAGCUUUGGUGGUCUGACCACAGGAAACUGAGUUCUAAUCAUGGUGAUACUUUGAGCCCCUAAAUUCUCACCUGUGCCUAUCAACCUAUUGCCCCAGAGUCUAAUCUCCUAAAAGAGUCAGAGUUGAGCCUUCUCAUUUCCAGGAAGUAAUGACCAAGGAAAAACCCUGAUGCUGAAAGGUCUGUAGCCACCUACCUAGUGGUCUGUUUCACUCUAACUCUGUUGACCCAGUGAUCCACCACAGUUCUAAGUAGCACUGUUCUGUCAAGGUGCCAUUGCCCAGAUAUGUAAAACACAGAUUUCACUACUUUUGGUCAUUAAAAUCCCAUUGUAUGUUUUGCAAGAGUAGGGAAAUCUGCACCAGGCUACUGGUCCAAUUCUAACUUGAGUAUUACAUUUUGCUUUGUGUUCCUACAUUCCUCUUACGGAUACCAUGUUUUGUCACUCCCUUUGAGAAAUUGGUAUGUAUUGUUUCUGUAUACUGUAAAUAGCUAAAAUUUCAGAGUUAAAGUAAUUCUUGUAUCUAGUUUGUAAAGUGCUUUGCAAUCCUUCAGCAUUAAAAGCGCUAUACAAAUGUAA